CACUGUGCCCGGUCAUUUAUUACUCGAAUUCGCCUUUCCGCUCAUUGUCAUUUUUUUCAAUACUAAUUAAAUAUUUCAUUGACUUGGAUGGAGGAUCCAGAAAAUUCAUCUUCACCAAGAACAGGUGCGACCACUAUUCAGAAUUGUGAUAGCAGCAGAAAAUCAAGUAGAAUGGAAAAUUUGAGCAAUUGUACUAAGCGUAGAUUGGAGGAUAUAAAAUAUUCUCUGAUGUCUGGUAAUCCUCAAGCCGUUGUGAGAUACAGAUUUACUAUGAUGAUCGGAUUCACUUCAGUCAUUCUGGCUUUGAUUUUUAUCGGAUCAAUUAUCUAUUCUUCAAUCCACACAGAUGUAAGCCAGCCAUCAUCAGAUCCGGUAUUGACUAAUAGUGAUUCUGAAUCUGAUCUGUCGGAGCUUUCGAAAUUGUUUUCUGAUGUCCUCUCCGAAAAAGUUGAUACGAAUCUACUGUAUGAUAUGAUUGCAAACGAGGGGAAAAAUCGCCGUCGUCGCUCAGCUGAGAAUGUCGAGCAAAACGAAAUUCAAUGGGGGGAUAGGGAGACUGAGAAACGCCAGAUAGAAUACAUCAAUCAGGAAUCAAUCUGUAAGGCUCGCUUCGAAGCUUGUCAAUCAAUUCUCAAUGACAUGCAAGCACUCACAUCAACGGCCAGUGAAAGUAUGAAUUCUUUGAAGGGUCUUUUGUCUUCUAUGGAUAAACCCAAAGGUGCUCUCUCAGCACUUCUCCAGUGUGUUGAAUGCCAAAAUAUUGAUAAAAUAAAGGUCUCUACUAAUAAGCCCCCCAGCACGCUCGAGCCGUCACAAAAUUCUGCAACACUCAUAAUCCAAAAUCUCACCGUACCAGGGGCUGUAACAGAUCGAUGGUCAUCCCAACCAGCGUUAUUGAUUCAAAGAUCGUCUGAACCGGGCCGCGGUUCAAACCAAGUCGAAAAAUUCACUGUUGUUAUGAAUUCAACUUUUAGUGAACCCAUAAAAAAUACAACAAUUGCCGAAAACCCAAUAGUUCAGCAACAAGAUGGACCAGUCAAAUAUCACUUUCCUAUUCUGCAGAACGUUAGAAGCCAUGAAUUUCCACCCACGUCUUCGAGUGAACUUCCUCCUGAAGACAAUCCGGAGAUGUUAAUAACCCAGGGGCCGUCAUUCUCGGCUAAUUCCCACGCAAGAAUGGUGCCGAGACAGUUCCAGCCGAAUUCAUUAAUUGAGACAAAUCCUCCAGUGAUUCCAACAGCUGAGACAAUGAAAACUGGUCAGCAGGUGCACAUAAAUCCCCAAGUGUCAUUCAAUGGUGUUCCAGUUUGUUAUUUCGGUUAUCCACCAGGUCAAGGGCCUACAGGAAAGCAAAGUUUUCCGGGUUUUCCGGGUUUUCCCCAACCCCCAUAUCCAUCAGCCCCGGGACAAUAUCAAGCAUCGCUACAAUAUCCUCACCGGGUUGUCUCCUCACCUGGACACGGGUUUUCCAAUUUCCAACCGGCAGCUGUACAAACUGGACCCUAUGGAACUUUUCAAAUGAAUUCCGGUGGAGGAUUUCCGGGAGGUUGGAUGCCGCCGACUGGACCUGGGCAGGCCUACCCUCGGCCGCAACCUUAUGGCUGUAUUUAUAUGCCAGUCCCCAUCCAUCAAUUUCCCGGCACAUCUGGAUUUCAAAGAGAGUCCAAUGCCGCUAAAAACGAAGAUCAUCAUAGCAGGGCCAAUUUGGAGAAUCCAUUGGUUGGAGCGAGCCGCAGUUGGAACGAGGAGUACAACAAUGACGUUUAUUCAGGAUUUGCCAGGCAACAAGAUUUGCCAUGUAAACAAGAUGAGCAGCUUUGCAUGGACGGCAGUAUAUGCAUCGAAAAAUUAAAAUGGUGCGACGGACGUAUCAAUUGUCCGGAUUCCAGUGACGAGAUUGGAUGUUCUUGUCGAGAUAGGAUGAAUAAAGAUAAACUUUGCGAUGGCUACUUCGACUGCCCUCGCGGUGAAGAUGAACUUGGUUGCUUCGGAUGCCAACCAGACUCAUUCAGCUGCCAGGAUUGGGACAGACGGUAUAAACGAGAGAAUUGCGUUCCCAUGCCAUAUAGAUGCGAUGGAAUCUCCCAAUGUUCAAAUGGAAGAGAUGAAGAAGAGUGUACCAUGCUUACGCAAACAAUGAGUCACGAUCAAGAUAUGAUCCCGACUGGGUAUUUAACUGGCUACCUUCACAAAAAUUACAAAGGGAAAUGGUAUCCCGUCUGCACGGCAACUCAAAAAUGGGCAAUUGACGCUUGCGCUGCUGAAACUGGAAUUCAAAUCAGAGAACUCCCGAGGAUCGAGGCCAAGGUAGUUCCCCAAGGCAUGAACAACAGCCCCUACCUCGCAAUGAUGCCAUCAAAUCAAGUCGAACUCAUACCCAACUGCAACAAUCAAGCACUCUUCGUCGAGUGUCCACCAAUUCCAUGUGGUACUCGAAUUAUGUCUCAAGAUCGUUACAGACCUUACGGUGUAUACGAGGAUUCACUAGUCGCCUCCAAACUCAAUGAUACUGCACUAAAUUCUCAAGAGCCCGCCAUCACAAUAUUACAGAAAUGGAAAGAAGCAAUGGAGAAAUAUACCAAUGAGAAAAAUUACAGAGAGAUUCGAGAUAUACUGGAAAAUCUCAGAACAAUUUCCGAACCAACAGAAUCCUUUCUUCAUCCUGACAAACUGGCUCAAUAUAGAACACAAUUUAUAGAGGAGAUGAAGGAGACUCUGAAUAACUUGAUCGAGAAGCAGAAGGCAGCACCUAUAGUGACUACACAGAGUCCGCUUGACAAAUUAAUGAAGGAUUAUCAUGACAGUGUUCAUAUGAUGAACGGGGAAAAUUCUAAGAUUCAAGGAGAUAAUAUUAUGUCGGAGGGAUUACCACCAGACUUUAGGAUCGUUGGAGGGAGAACAAGUCAGCCUCAGGCCUGGCCCUUUCUGGUCGCUGUAUAUAGAGAUGGAUAUUUCCACUGUGGCGCCGUUAUUCUCGAUCAACUGUGGAUCAUGACGGCUGCGCACUGCGUCAAUGGACACAAGACGCACUAUUAUGAAAUCCAAGCGGGCUUACUGCGUCGCUAUUCUUACUCUCCAAUGGCACAAUCUCGUCGGGCUCGCCACAUCAUUCCUCAUCCGGCUUACAAUCGAGCUACGAUGCACAACGAUAUCGCACUUAUAAAAUUGGACGAACCUCUACACUUCAAUCGCUGGAUCAGACCGACUUGUCUGCCACAAAAUACGUCGAAUCUUGAUCCCGCGCCUCAGACUAAUUGUAUUACCAUCGGAUGGGGUUCUACAAUGGAGCAUGGACCUGAUCCCGAUGAUUUAAGAGAAGUCCAAGUGCCUAUUCUUACGACAUGUAAACACUUGGUGGACAGAAACAAUGAUCAUAUUUGCGCGGGAGUAUCUGAGGGGGGUAAGGAUGCCUGUCAAGGUGAUAGUGGUGGACCUCUCAUGUGCCAACAUCCGACAUCAGGUCCCAGUCAAUGGUACACUGCUGGUAUUGUGAGCCACGGAGAAGGAUGCGCACGUCCAAAUGAACCUGGAGUGUAUACGAGAGUCAGUAAACACAAAGAUUGGAUUGACCUCGUUAGAGGUGCCAAUCUCCUAACAGCUGAUGUACAACAAACAAAAUGUCCAGGCUUCGUUUGUAAUGGAGGCCUCGGUAAAUGUCUGCCUGGUAAUCGUCGAUGCAAUGGUAUUGUUGAUUGUCUUGACGCAGAAGAUGAGAUGAACUGUCCCAAUCCAUCUGUUUUCCUUCACAACAAAUCACCAACGUCACUCCAAAAUCAACAUGACUCCAAUGUUAUAACUUCUAACACUAUUAAUUCUGAUCCAUCCCCUAGAAUUGCAGUAAUUGAAGUAUUCACCACGUCUGCCCCAGUUACUCCGAUAACAAUUCCACCCCAACCACCCCUGUUUGCUGUGCUACCAGUAACCACCCCCAAAAUCACACUAACUGAAACGGCGACAGAACUUGCGACAGAACUUGCGACAGAACUUGCGACAGAACUUUCAACCGAACCUUUACCUUCACCUAGCACAAUUCCUCCACCCAUCUCCCAUCUAGACGAUAGCUCACCAGUCUUUAAAUGUACCAGAAUGACUCAGACAGUUCCAAUGUACAAACGUUGUGACAAAAGCAUCGAUUGCGAGGACGGAACUGACGAGCAAAAUUGCACCUGCAAAGAUAUUCUCAACAACAACAUGCCUUCAGCUGUCUGCGAUGGUCACCUCGAUUGUUACGACGGAACAGACGAGGAGAAGUGUGAUUUAUGCAGAGAUGAUCAGUUCACGUGUAGCCGAAGUGGUGUCUGUAUUCCAAAGAUUCAGAUCUGUGACACAAUAGCUCAAUGUCCCUUAAAGGAAGACGAAGUCGAUUGCUUUACCCUGACCAACAAUCGUAAUAUCGUCUUCGAUCUUGAGAACCGCACGUACCUCAACCAAGAGGGUGUUAUAACGAGAAUUAGUGAUGGAGUUUGGAAACCAAUUUGCUCGACCUAUGAUGCGCAAGCUUCAUCGCUACUAGCAAACCAGAUUUGCUUCUAUUUGGGUCUCAAAGGCCACCAUACUGUGAGGAAUGUCACAGUUGAAAAUCAUUCUUUGAUGCCUGUCCACUCAACUCCGGGCCGUCUACUACCUUACAAAUAUACCCAAGAAUUGAUAGUAUCAAACAACGACUCAAAUACAUGUCAAGGACUUUGGGUCAAGUGUCAGACAGUGCUGUCGAGUACAGUGGAAUCUCACAGGCUUGAGCAUGUUCGCAACAAUCCUGUAAACACGAGUUAUUUGUUCCCUUGGGAAGCCGCUGUAUUCAUUAAUGGCCGUUAUUAUUGUCCAGGGGUUUUAUUGGAGCCCGACUGGGUAUUGACAAGCUACAGAUGUGCACAGAAUAUCGAUUUGACCAAUAAUUACACGACUGCUGUUGUGGGACUCUCUCCAACGUUUCAGUAUGCUGACGGACCUCAUCAGCAGGUGGUGGGAGUAGACUCUGUAACAUCUGUGGAUCCAAAGCGAUUGGAGGCCUCGUUGCUCCAUUUGAAGAGUCCUGUCAAUAUGACUAGGAGCGUCAAACCUAUCUUUUAUGACAAAUUAGUCUUGCCUCCGAGUGUGGAGGAUGAGUGUGUUGCUUUAGGGACAGAUGAGAAGUUCAAUAGUAAGAAGACAUUUUUCAAACCGGUCGUUGAAAAUUGUCCGAAAUGUCAUCGAUGCUAUGUUAAUGGCACCAAUGAGAUUUGCAGAAGAAAUGAAACUCACAGUUGGGAUGGACUUGUUGUUUGCAGGGGCAAAGGGGGAUGGUUUCCUACUGCUGUCUUCCAGGACAAAGAUAUGAUGUGUGGGUUCAAAAUGCCUCAGACCUUGAGCUGCAUUGAUUAUUUCAAUGCAUACAUCAGUCAGGCGAUGGAGGAAAAUAUCGAGUUGGUGAAGGAACCAGAAUGUGAGGGCCUGAGAUGUAAGAUUGGAAAUUGUGUACCUUGGGAAAAGACUUGUGAUGGAGUUGAGGACUGCAGAGAUGGUGAGGACGAGGAGCGAGAGAGGUGCGAGGAGAAGAGGCGAAACUGUGAAAAGUCAGGGGGCAUUGGGUGCCCUUGCGGAAACACGGAAUUGAGGUGCAGGAAUGGACAGUGUGUGGGAAAGGAUAAAUUCUGUGAUGGUAUCGCUGAUUGUCGAGAUGGAAGUGAUGAGCCAGAGAAGUGCAAUUGUGGGGAGUAUUUGAAGUUGACCAUGCCGAACCUCGUCUGCGACAAUAUUCGACAUUGCUGGGACAAAACAGAUGAGACUGAUAAGGAAUGUCUGUGUAAGGACUCGAGUUUUCAAUGUUGGAAUACCAAAACGCAAAAUGGACCUUGUGUACCACACGAUUUUGUUUGCGAUGGCUUCAAUGAUUGUGAGAAUGGUUCAGACGAGAAGAACUGCAGAAUAGUCAAAGGACACCGUAAUGACCCAAUAGGCAUGGGACAAGUACUGAGACGUUCCUCGGGUGUCUGGCACUCUGAAUGUUUCCCAUCUCCAAUCGAAUCUACCGAGGAAGCUGUGAAAAUUUGUCGCACUAUGAAUUACAUCAAUGGUGCUAUUUUAUCACGAAGUGAAAGAACCACCUAUGGCGAUCCAUUAGUCCCAGAUUACGAUCCUUUCUUUAUGGUCAGUCUAAACAACAAUAAAUCGCUGCACAUGAGGAAGAAUAAGCCACUUGUUAGUCUUGGACCUGCAACAAACGUCUGUCAUCGCGCCUUCGUCAAAUGCUCCUCUGAAUAGCUCAUUUCUCCAUGAGCUAUCCAAUUUUUUCACUAAUUUCGCACAACAUUUGUCUUCCCAUUCGUCUAUUUAUUCAUUCAUCCGUCCCUGAAGGCCUAAAUUGUGACAGCCAACUAGCUAUUUAUUACAACUUUCUUUAAAAUAAAUAGAAAUUUUUUUCAAGCCAUUGACGAAUAAUUGUUGAAUAUUCGAAGAAUGUCGGAUUGGAAUGACCAUUGGAUUGGAAUAGUCAAUUAGAUGAGUUUGAAGAACCGUUAGAAUACGAGGAAAAAUUCUUUCAAUCACUAUUGGGAAAUUACGUAUAUCAGUGGGAACGGGAUAUCAUAUGAUGGCAUUUGAUCGAAUCAAUGUUUAUUCUUAUCCAUGAAUUCAGUCGAAAAAAAAAUCAUUACUGAUCGAAACAAAAAUACACAACUAAAGGAUUAUUUAAA